AUGUCCCAAAACGGCAUGCCUACUGGCCACGCGUUUGGUCACAAUGGACGCGGACCUGACGACGUCGGCCAGAACGAGCAGCAGGUUGGCAAUGCCAAGAACCUCACUUCUCCUCAGAACGGCUAUGUUGCUUCCGACAGCGGUCAACACAAUCAGUUUCCCCAUGGCCAGCAGAUUCCUGCUGAGAACCAUGACAUCUUCAAUCCCAAUGCGCCCCAGCAGCACGAUCAUUACCGUACCUACCUGGAUUACAUGCCUCCUGACAACGGCGGCCUCGCUGAAUAUGGCUUCGACCCCCAGUCCCCCUUCAAUCAGCAGGACCCUUAUGGCUUCGCUGCCCUCUCAGGGAGUCUUGAUUCUUCCUUGUACCCUCACGCUCUCACUCCUUCAGAUGACAACAAUCCUGGUUCCAACGGCCCUCCUCAGUAUCAGCAUUCCAUCGGAGCAACGCCGUAUGUCCUGCCGAACGAUGGAAGCUCUGGCGUUCUUCAGCAGCCUCAAGGUCAUGGUUCUGCUGAUCAAAUGCCAGCCAACUCGACCAACGGUGGCUAUCCUACUGCAUCCAAGACCCAGCAAGCGCAUGCUACCAAUGGCCCGAACUCACUCACCAUCGACGGACAGUAUCCAGCUUCUCUCCAAGAUCAUGGCUUUGUUCCCCAAGGCGACCUCAACUUCAACAACGCCUCGUGGAAUCUUCAGCAGCCCAUGCCUGAUAUCAAUGAAGAGAUGCCACUUCCUGACAUUCCAAAGAACUUCACUGCUGAUCUUUGGGGAGACCUCCCUGAUACCGAGAAAACCCUCUCUGACGAUCUUUUGGCCAAGUUCCGUGGCUAUGACCAAACGGCUCAAGAUGUCGACUACAACCAGAAUGCUGAUCCGACUGGUGCCCACCAGAAUUUUGGCGACAAGCCGGAGCAGUCUUGUGCUGCCAUCACUGAUGGCCAAGACCCUCAGCCAGCUCAAGAAUCCCAGCCAGUUGAUCAAGACCAUCAGGCAGCUGAGCAAGCGCCCGUUGCGAACAUGUCCUUUCAGGAGGAUGCGGACCAGUCUCAGAGCCACUUUUCUGAUGGUUUCCUCAACGACGUGCCAGAGGCUGUCUUCGGCACCAUACAAAACCUCGUUGAUGACCCCUUGCUUCAAAGCUUGCAAGACAUGUUGGCGUUGUAUCAGGCCCUGGGACCGGAUGCUGAUUUCAGCCAAUUCGCCGGCGCGGAUUACUUUUUCCUUCGCGACAUCACGACGAAGGUCCAGCGUGAUGGCCCCGUUGACCUCCCCGUUCCACCCAGCACCACCCUGAAGCUUCAACAUCCUGAGGAGGUCAAAGACGAGCGUUCGGUUGAGCGCCCAAGAGACGCAUUCCCCCUGAUCCUCGACAAGUCCCUCAAGCUCGGUCUCUCCGAAGUGCUGAAGAAGUGUGGAGUCGCUUUCACCAUUGGCACCAUGUGCUCUGGCACAGACGCCCCUAUCAUGGCACUCCAAGAGUUCAUGGAUGGGCUAACGGCCCUUGGACUCGGCGGAACCCUUCGAUACGAGCAUGUUUUCAGUGUCGAGAUUGAGCCUUUCAAGCAGGCCUUCAUCGACCGCAACGCUCGCCCCACUGGUCACAUCUACCGCAACGUUUUGGAUGUCGGCCACCCCGAUGCGCAAUAUGCAAUGACGGCAUCCGGUUCCAUGGAAAAGAUUCCGCCCCACGUUGAUAUGCUCUUCUUUGGAAGUUCCUGCGUCGAUUUCUCAACCUUGAAUCCGAAGAAGCAGGAGAAGGAAGACAAGUCUGAAAUGAGAAAGACUGUGAAGAUUGCCAUGGAGAAGGGCGCGAAUAAAGGUGUCGCGAUCGAGGAGGACCACGAUUUUCUGCAGAUAUUCGCGCAACUUGGGAAGGGCCUCGACAACGAAACCGAAUCGGCCAAGACGUUCCUCUCGAUCCUGAGUUGGAUCAACAAGAAAAGACCCAAGGUGGUGCUGAUGGAGAACGUGCAGAGCGCCCCCUGGCGCGAGUUCGUCAAUUUCUGGUUUCCCAGGAUCGGCUACCAUGCUUCACAUGUGGUGGUAGAUUCCAAGAACUUCCUCGUCCCCCAGACGCGCAACCGCGGAUACCUGAUCGCCGUUGACGCGCGUCGCUACGGCAUGAAGGGCAAGGUUAUCGUCGACGAGUGGGUGAAGAUGAUGCGAAAGCCCAACUGGUUCCAGAAGUUCCCAAAGCUGGAAGGCUUUCUCCUCCCGCCGUCCGACCCCAACGUGCUCCAAGGACGCUUCAUUCUGGAGCGCGGCUUGAACGGCAAGGCCGAGAAUGUCGGAGACGCUUCCAUGUGCAAAAUGGAACACGUCGCAGCGCGCCGGUCCGAAGGCUUGGGAAACAGCAACCCAUACACACGUCUGGACAACCGCGGCAACUCCCUCCCCCGGGAAGACAGCUGGAAGGUGUACAUCUCUCGCAAGCUGACCUUUCGCAUGAAGGAACUCAUCGACAUCUCGCUCCUCCGUUCCGAGAAGAUGGGCCUGGACUACGGCAGCAAAUUCAUCAUCAUUGACCUGGGUCAGAACGUUGACAGACAGCACAAGUCUCUGGGAAAUGUCCCUUGUCUCAUUCCGAGCGCGGACUUCUUCCUUUCUCGACUCGGGCGAUGUUUGCUUGGAACGGAAUUCCUGGUUCUGCAGGGAAUUCCCAUCGACAGGAUCAAGGUCUCUGAUGAGACGGAUAGGCAGCUCAAGGACCUUGGUGGAAACGCCAUGACAACGACUGUGGCGGGUGCUGCUCUGCUCCUGGCCCUCAUCUCAGAGGUCAACAUGGCUACGACAACGGGCUUUGUUCAUGGACUCGGAAACGCAAGCAAGCUGCUGCCAAUGGAUCUUGCCGGUGCAACUGCCCCGAGUGGCCAAGUGGGUCCCUCCUCGUCCGCGACUUCCUCCAACGCUCUUGACCUCAACGCCCUCAACCAAACUCUUCCUCGUACACCAACCGACCCCAACGCGCAACCCGACUCACCCUCGAACGACUCAGACAUGGACGAGCCUGAUUGGGUGAUCGCCACCAUGAACGAAUGGGAGUCGUCCCUGAAGGUUUGGAAGCUGCUCUACCUGUGGCAGACGGGUCGACGCGCCUGCCUCUGCGACGCCUACCGCAAGCACCAGCGGGCUGGAACCUAUCAUCAAUGCGAGUUUUGUGGCGAAAUUCGCUGCACAUCCUGCGCCGGUAAUCCGGACCAUCACUUCUCCGAGGAGCCUAUCCCCAUCGACAACCUCGCCAACGACAGAGAGGGUGCCUAUCGAGAAGCCGUUGCCUCCUUCCCCGGCAAGAUUGAUCUCAACUGCGAUCCAGUCGACAACGAGGACUUCGCCAAGGAUCUCACUGAGAAGGGCUUUCGCGACCAUACUGACGCCUUGAACAUGGCAAUCGACACCUGCGUUGACAAUGUGUCGUACUACCUGACGGAUUUGAAGUUCCGGGAGGACAUUGACGUCACCUACGAAUCUCGCAAAUCUCGCAUUGCCAUCACAGUGUACCACGACAAGGUCGUCUGGAACGUGUUCCUAAGAGAGGCUUACUUUGCCGAGGACUCGACCACCCAAGACCCGAGACGCCUGCUUCGCGACCUCAACUACGACAUCGGCAAGCCAAUCAUGAGCGCAACCGUAAUUUACCACAACAUGGAGGACUCUUUUAUCCCUGCCCCGAGCGACUAG